AUGGCGACUCUCGCAAGCAACGCCAGCCUUCGCGACGCCCUCGGCUGGCCCCGACGCGCACGGAACCACACCGGAGAGAAACAGCCGGAGGACUACCUGUCUCGAGGCUUUCUGGCCAAUACAACCUGGGACGCCUCCACGACACCCCUCUCCUCCGAUGCCUCCUGGAGGCUGGACUGGGAGGCGGACCCCAGCAGCGCCGCCCUCGGGGUCGACGGCGCCCUCAACGACACGGGGAGCAACGGCACGACCUUCAACUCGUCCGACUACGAGUACGACUACGAGAUCUCCCUCGUCACCUUCUACUGGGAGGAGCUGGCACCGCCGUUGGUCGUCUACGCCCUCACCUACCUCGUGGGCGUGGUGGGGAACGCCCUCAUCAUCUUCACCAUCUGCCGCUACCGCCACCUGAAGACGACCACCAACGUCUUCCUGGCGUCCUUGGCCACCGCCGACCUGCUGCUCAUCCUCAUCUGCAUCCCCGUCAAGCUCGCCCGCCUCUUCUCCUUCUCGUGGACGCUGGGAGCAUUCAUGUGCAAACUCAUCUUCUACCUCCAGACUCUGUCGGCCGUGUGCUCCGUCCUCACUCUGACUGUCAUGAGCGUGGAGAGGUACUAUGCCAUCGUCUACCCGAUGCGCGCCCACUACAGGUGCACCAUAUCGCAAGCCAAGAAGGUGUGUGCUCUCAUCUGGGCGACGUCGGUGGUGCUGGCCAUGCCCAUUCUACGCCUGCAGGUGCACCUGCCGGUGGGCCUGCGCGUGAGGGCCUUCUGGUGCGUCCGCGACUUCGACUCGCCCGUCCUGUGGCGCGGCUACGAGACCUACAUGCUGGUGCUGGUGCUGCUGGUGCCCGCCUGCGUCAUGGCCGCCGCCUACGCCGCCAUCUGCAGGACGAUCUUGCGGAUGGUCGUGCAGCGCCGCUCCAUCACGGGCAAGGGCCAGAUGUACUGGAAAACAAGCUUUGGGCAGGACUACCUCGUCACUACCCUGUUUGCUAGAAAACUCUCUGGCGCGGAUGAGGCGCCGAGGCUGGCGGCUCCCGGCUCUGGCGCUUCGGGUCUCCAGGUCGAGCUCUCGCGUCCUUUUGAUCUGGGUUCAUACAUCUUGCAUAAUUAUGACGAUGCCUCUGCCUCCUCCCAGGUGGUGUCCAUGCUGGUGGUGGUGGUGGUGCUGUUCGUGGUGUGCUGGGCGCCCAUCCUGGUGGUGAACGUGCUCAAGGCCUACGCUGUCCUGCCCUCCUACAGCACCGCGCUGAAGCACGUGGUUUCGGCCGCUGAGCUCCUCUGCUACUGCAACAGCUGCGUCAACCCCAUCGUGUACGGCUUCAUGUCCAGGAACUUCCGCGAGAGCUUCCGCCAGGUGCUGUGCUGCCGCAAGAGGACUCCGAGGGCGUCCUUCAGCAGGCAGAUGUCCCUCUCCGUCACCAGGACCUCCAUCCUGCGCUACAAUACGGACAGCAGGAACACCUUUGAGACGAAGAAGCCGAGUGUGGAGCAGCAGAGGCAUGAGCAGCAGACUCUCAUACCCGCUCAGUUACGGGCACAAUUACGGGCGGAGCUUGAACAGCGAGACGCCGAUAAUGAUGAUGAUGAUCAAGACAACGCCUUCAUAGAGGUGAUGGUGAGCGAUGGUGAUUCUUACGGAGACAAUUUGAGAAGAAAAUCCAUUAUAGCUAACUCAGAACUUACGAGGUUUUCAAAAGGACUGCGAGCAAACACCCUUCCUUUGACAAGGACUGUGAACCACCACUCCCAGGCUGUUGAGGAGGUUAUGCCUGGAGUGCCUAGUGGCAAUGUGGCUUCCAGUCGUAAAGCUUAG